ACCUGGGAACACCACAAGCACGCCGUCGACGCGUUAAUCCCGCCCGCACCGGGUGGUGGUGGUGGUGGUGGAGGAUGCCCGGGGAGGUCUGGAGCCUUGGGCCGGUGGCGAGAGCAGCUGCAGCGCAGCCGCAGCGUCGAGCAGGAGAGCCCCCAGUCGGACACCAACCUCAGAGCGGACAGGUCGCAGGUCGGAUCGACACAACUGCGCUACGACUUGAGAGUUCAGCUACUUUAUCCAGUCCUCGAGGAACAUGGAGCCGUCGCCGGACCGAGUGCUGGAGCAGGCAGAGCAGGUGCAGGCGAGCAGUGACGACGAGUGUUCCAGAGCAUCGGCCGUGGAGCAGCUGCCGGAUGACGUGCUUGUGAUGGUGAUGCAGCACCUGCAGCUGGUGGACCUGCUCGCCUGCCGUCUGGUGAGCAAGAGGCUCGGCGCACUGGCCAUGCACCCGGACUCGUGGUGUAGGCAGUCAAUUGACGACUAUGUCUUUGAGGAUGGGCCCCGUGUCGACACUUGCGUCGUGCUGAGGUUGGCGCCGUGCGUGCAUUCCAUGCGGCUCUCGAGUUGUGGUCAGUCGUCUCUGAGAUUCAUCACGACCAGAUGUGCCGCGAGAAGUCUCUCGCUGACUCUGAGGUCGCUGCAGCCGGACUCAAACACCGAGGUGUUCGCCCAGGUGGUUCGCAACCAGCUGCUCCUCGGGCGGCUCAGGAGCGUUCGUCUGUGCUUCACCGAGAGAGUCUGCGAGGAGCUGGUGACGCUUGGGCGUGGUUCCGACGCGCUCCUGCGCACGCUGGCUGCUGCAACUGGGCUCGAGUCGCUCGUGUUUGACACGGAGAUACCUUUUGCAGUUGACCGCUUGGAGCUCGCGCCCGCCUACCCGUCCUUGAAGAAGUUCCAUUGUCUGCUGACCCGGGAGGCGGAGUCGUUCGUGAACACCGUGCUGGCCGGGCACGCCGCCACCCUGGAGGAUGUCGCUCUCUGCCCUGGCCGCCCCUUUCAGUAUUGGGUCGCGUACGACAAGCGGACCUUGGGCACGGCGACGGCGAGCCUGUUGGCCGGCAUGCCGAGACUCCGGCGUUUGCGGUGCUUGGUGCUCCCGGGGCUGGAGGCCGUGGCGGCGGUCGAGACGCUCACGGACUUGAGCCUCGUCGCGUUCCACUUGGACUCCCCAGAGGCGGCCGUGGCGCUGCUCCGUCGCGCCAAACAGCUGCGACAAGUCUCCCUGUUGUUUCUUGAGAAUAUGCACAGCCUCAGGGACGGCAGCAAGCGGAUCCUGGCGGCCUUGGCCUCGCAGUCCCACGUGGAGAGCUUGACCGUGUCCGGGAAGCUGCCGCCGCUGGAGCCUCUGGCCAGGGCGCUGCCCGCCCUGCCCGCCCUGAGGGAGCUGUCCGUCCUGCAAGGGCCCAUGGACGGCGAGCUGGUGGUGGUGCAGAGCAUCACCCCGUACGCGACCCCGGCCCUGCGACGGCUCGAGCUAUCCUGGGAGGAGCUGAACUGCCCCAGGAGGUGCGUCCACGCCUGGGUGCACUUGGACGCGGUCAAGACCGCCCUCACUGAUAACCCAUCGCUGCACAUCCUGCUGCACAACCCCGGGGCCUGCAGUGACCGGAACUGCCAGGCGUGCGCAGAGGACUGCCACACUGAGCUGAAGCGGUUGACCUGGAAGCCGAGCGGGGGAGUGAGCUGGGCCACAAGCGAGGAGAAAGUGGGGCUCUUCUCGUACGAGCCGGGCGCGUGCUCCUCGCCUCGCGACCACGUCCCUCGCGACCACGUCACCGGCAAGUGGUGGCGGUGGGUUCAAGUACGUCAUGCUUCUGGUUAAAUGAUGCUGUCUGAUUGAUGUGUCCUCUCUUGUUCGAAAGAAAGGUCUAAUAAAUUCAUGAUCUGAUUAUGUGGUGAAUCAUUUUGUGCCUCGUUUCUCAUCACGACGCGCAUUUCUUCCAAAGUAAGGGAAUUCGCUUUCUGCUGGGCGUGUGCUAUGCCAGGUUUCAUUAUUUGUAAUCCCCAGUAACAUGAGACUAUCGGUCGAAUGUUGGGGUCGGGUGACUGUCGAAUCACCUCUGUGCAACCGGCAGUUGACUUACUUUUAAGAGCCAGAUUAAUUAACCCUAACCAGUAUCAAAUAAAACAAAAAUUGGUUAAUUUUAAAUUGACUGAGCUAGGAUUCAAAUUAAUGUGGUUUCAUAACUGAACUGAUAUUCUGUUGAAAAUAAGCACAA